CAGAAGCCGGCAUCAGUGACCCGGAAGUGCUUCUCUGCAGCGCUGGGAGAUCGGCGUGACUUUGAAAGGCAUCCUGGUCACUAUGCGGCUCCUGAAAGCGGCCUGUAUUCUGGGGCACCGGCCCUUCCGCCAGGCCGGGCUCUGCCGGGGGAGGCAGGUGAGGAAGGGAUAUGGUGCAGGCACCCAGUGUAUACUUCUACCCAGUGACUGGGAUAAAACAAACUUAAUGAAGGGUCAUUACCGCCUGUGUCUGGGGUAUGGGCUACCAGAUAUUGAGACAUGACUGCCAAGGGUCCAGGUUUUGGGGUACCAGACAUUAAGACAUGACUGCCAUCGGUCCAGGUUAUGGGGUACCAGACAUUAAGACAUGACUGCCAUGGGUCCAGGUUUUGGGGUACCAGACAUUAAGACAUGACUGCCAUGGGUCCAGGGUAUGGGCUACCAGACAUUAAGACAUGACUGCCAUGGGUCCAGGUUAUGGAGUACCAGACAUUAAAACAUGACUGCGAUGGGUUCAGUUUAUGGGGUACCAGAAAUUAAGACAUGACUGCCAUGGGUCCAGGGUAUGGGGUACCAGACUUGACUGCCAUGGGUCCAGGGUAUGGGCUACCAGACAUUGAGACCUUACUGCCAUGGGUCAAGGGUAUGGGUACCAGACAUUGAGACCUUACUGCCAUGGGUCCAGGUUUUGAGGUACCAGACAUUAAAACAUGACUGCCAUGGGUUCAGUUUAUGGGGUACCAGACUUGACUGCCAUGGGUCCAGGGUAUGGGGUACCAGACAUUAACACAUGACUGCCAUAGGUUCAGGUUAUGGUGUACCAGACAUUAAGACAUGACUGCCAUGGGUCCAGGUCUUGGGGUACCAGACAUUAAGAAAUGACUGCCAUGGGUCCAGGUUAUGGGGUACCAGACAUUGAGACAUGACUGCCAUGGGUCCAGGUUAUGGGGUACCAGACAUUAAGACAUGACUGCCAUGGGUCCAGGUUAUGGGGUACCAGACAUUAAGACAUGACUGCCAUGGGUCCAGGUUAUGGGGUACCAGACGUUGAGACAUGACUGCCAUGGGUCCAAGGUAUGGGGUACCAGACUUGACUGUCAUGGGUCCAGGGUAUGGGGUACCAGACUUGACUGCCAUGGGUCCAGGGUAUGGGGUACCAGACAUUAAGACAUGACUGCCAUGAGUCCAGGUUAUGGGGUACCAGACAUUAAGACAUGACUGCCAUGGGUCCAGGGUAUGGGCUACCAGACAUUGAGACAUGACUGCCAUGGGUACAGGGUAUUGGGUACCAGUCAUUAAGACAUGACUGCCAUAGGUCCAGGUUAUGGGGUACCAGACAUUAAGACAUGACUGCCAUGGGUCCAGGGUAUGGGGUACCAGACUUGACUGCCAUGGGUCCAGGGUAUGGGGUACCAGACAUUAAGACAUGACUGCCAUGGGUCCAGGUUUUGGGGUACCAGACAUUAAGACAUGACUGCCAUGGGUCCAGGUUUUGGGGUACCAGACAUUAAGACAUGACUGCCAUGGGUCCAGGUUAUGGGGUACCAGACAUUAAGACAUGACUGCUAUAGGUCCAGGUUAUGGAGUACCAGAUAUUAAGACAUGACUGCCAUAGGUCCAGGUUAUGGGGUACCAUACAUUGUAAACCAUUGGGUUUGUAUGCGUUGCAGUAAUGUAGUCGGAAUGAUGUAGCAUUUCUUUUCACCCCAUUAUAAUGUGAUUGCUGAUGUGAUAUUUACAGCUGCUUGACAUUGCAGUUAAAUUUAUCUCCAAAUUUCAUGUAAGAAUCUUGUCCAUAGGGGUAGAUAUGCUGUAGUAAGCCAGCACUCUAUGAAAUCAGUAUACAUAAAAAAAAUGUUAUGCUGAAUGAUGUGUUGACAAUGUCAGUAUAAUAAAAUACCAGAAGAGUGUCAUGCAGCAUUUACAGUCUUUAAUAAUACAAAUAAAAGCUUAGUAGCUCCAUGUGGCUGAUGCAGCACCUGGGCAAAAUUCUACUUGAAUCUCUGGAAGAGUAAGUAUGAGACUGUCACUUUGAGGGUAAUAAAGAUUUUUUUUUAAAUGUAUUUAUUAAUUAUUUUUGGAGUGCAUUUGUAGUUGACAAACACUUGUCAGCAUGAAACGCGAAUAUUAUACAUUGUUUUGUCACACUUAUAACAGUGAUCACGCUAGCUGGUCUGCACGUUUUAAUUUUACAUGCUUUUGUCUCUCUAGGCUAGGUGGAGUAUUGCGUUGAAGGUUUGUUUUUCUGUCUGGUGUAGUGUUCUCCUGGGAGCCCAGAGUGAGGUAUGGGUAUGCUAUGUGUAGCGUAGUGUGGGAGAACGAUGAUGAGCGUAGCUUAAGGUUAUGUCGUGCGUACUCGUUAGUGCUUUACAGUAACUAGGUGCCAUGUUAUGGCCAUGGAUUGUAGGGUGAGGCGUAGUGAGUCCUAAAGUUGUGGUCUUUAGGUGGGUUCGGUGCCAGGCUUGUCCGCCCCUCUUUGAGCAUCAUGCCCCUGACCUAGGAGGUGGGGGGGGGGGGGGAUAUCCCACCAAGUAAGGGGUGUUGGUGUGGAAGUGUUCCUAUAUAUGAUCCAUGCCCUAUGCCGGUCAGUGCUCCUGUUUGUGAUUUUUUUUUUGCUGGUAAACUUCUGGCUCACUAAGUAAAAAAUAAUAUAAACUUAAAAUUAAGGCUUAACAGGUUAAAACCUGAGAUGAAGGCAUAACAAUGGGUCUUCUUUGAACUUCCGCGCAGAGCAACGUUCUUUGGGGCAACUUGGCGAUGUGAGUCUUGUGUGGGCUCUGGGUAGUCAAGUCAUAUUAGGGCCUCUGGGGACAAAAGACGCUCUAUUAUCUAGAUCCCAGGAUUUGUCAGGGCCAUCGGCGGGAGUUCCCGUAGCAGGUAAUAGCAGUCUUAUCGCCUCCAGAAAUGCUGUAGUGUCAUCAGGCGUGCGGAGGGUAUGUAUAGCUCCAUUGCGUUUCGCCACUAGGGUGCCCGCUGGACCCCAGUGGUAUUGCACCCCCGAGGACCGAAGGUGGGUGGUUACUGCCCCCAGUGAUUUGCGCCACUGAAGAGUUGCCUUGGAGAGGUCUUGGAAAAAGUGUAGCUGUGAGUCCUCAAACCAUAUGGGCGUCUUUCCUCGGAUCGCCGCCAUAAUGUAGGCCUUGUCGUUGGUUGAGGUGCAGCGAAUUAUAAAAUCCUGUGGUGCGGAGGUGGUUCCUAAGCCUGGAAUGCAGUAUGUCCCUUCUAGGUUGAGUCUCUUGUUCACCGCGGGUGGUAGGAUAGUGGCUAGCAGCCUCCGGGUAUAAUGGAGCUGCUCCUCCGCGGUUAUCCCAGCUGGGAUGCCCCUAAGGUUGCACUGCUGGGUGUGUAUCUGCUGUACUGCGCCGUUAAAGUUGGACAAUGCAGUUUUGGUGCUUUGGAGGUCAUUCUCCGCAGCCUUGAUGCGGUCUGUAUUGGCCUGUAUUUCUUUUUGAAGAAGCGCUCGGUCCGCAGCCAUCAUCUGAUGCAGGUCAGAGAGGAGCACCUUGAGAUCCCCUUUGGUUGUCGGGGCCGAGCUUUCGGUGAGGUGGAGGCCCCGUUUUUUAGUUGUUGGUUUUUUUUUUUUUUUUUCACCCAAAGUAGUUUAAUCUGUUUAUUUUCUAAUUCCAUUUGUAUGAAUGGCGUAUCUGCUCUGGCACAGUAUGGUAUCAGUUUCAAAUAAACUCUCACUUGCUAUUACACUUAUGGCAUCUUGGAAAGAUUGUAGGAGAGGUGCAGACUAACAUGGCUAUAUACUAAAAAUGGGAAUUCAAGGUAAAUUUCAAACUUAAAGUGGCGCUGUCACCUGGUACUUAUCUUACUCAAAUCUUUCCUCUUUCCCAACCUUGAAAUUUUUGAUCAAUUUUUAUUUUAAAACAUAAGACAAAGUAGAGGCUACUUUGUCUUAUGUAUUCUCCUAUGCCAGACAUUGUCACCCAGAUAAUGGUGCAGUGUCCCAGUCCCACUUAGUCCUGCAAUUCAAAAAUAAUUACCUUCCAGGAAUAAGACUUUCUCCAUUGGCUGUAAAUAAGACAGCCACUAGAGACUUUUUUCAUGGACGCUAGUGGACUCUAGGUACUCUGCAUGAGAACUUCUGGUGUUUGUGAAAUCCCCCUAGGAAAGCAUUGAAGCAAUGCUUUCCUAUAGGGAGUGCCUCAUGUGCAUUUGCACAUCUCCCCUCCUUCCAUCACGCAAUCAUAUAACGUUGGAGGAGGCUGCUUUUAGCUUCCAAGGGGAUAGGGGUGGCAAAGAGCACUAUAGUGUUACAACUUUGUAUUCCUAUCACUAUAGUAUCCCUUUAAGGCAAGCCCCCCUUUUGUCAUGGUAAAAUAUUCCAAAAUACUCCACCUUCAUGCCAAGUCCUCCUUCUGUGUGCUCACAAGAUCAUCUUAACUUAAAGGGAUUUUCCAGUGCCAGGAAAACAUAUUAGUUUUCCUGGCACUGCAGGACCCUGUAGUGCCCCUCCUACCCCCCAUCCCAAGUUGCUGAAGAGGUUAAAACCCCUUCAGUGACUUACCGGAGUUGAGCGCCGAUAUCCCUUGGCGCUGGUCAGACUCCGCCUACUCUCCUCCCCCGCCUACUGCAUGCGCAUUAGACCUCCCCGUAGAAAAGCACUAUUCAAUGCUUUCCUAUGGGGAUUUUGGCGACGCUGGAGGUCCUCACAAAGCAUGAGGACGUCCGGCGUUGCUUAAAACAGUUUUCGUGUUCUAAGAACACGGAAGUCCAUCUAGUGGCUGUCUGAUAGACAGCCACUAGAGGGGGACUUAACCCUGCAAGGUAAAUAUUGCAGUUUAUGAAAACUACAAUAAUUACACUUGCAGGGUUAAGGAUAGUGGGGUCUGGGUGCCUGGGGUAUCCCUUUUAAUACAGAGCGCUGCUUUACAAAGAGCAUGCAUGGAAUUAGGAUCCUGUUGCAUACUGGGGACAGAAGAAGGCGGUGGCCUUACCACUAGUUUGAAGAUGGAAGUGAAAAAGGAUCCGGUGUAGGUAAAGAGGAGAUCUGUGAGAACAUUAUCAUGAAUCGUGGACAGUUAGGAGUAGAGGAAUGGGGGGCAUAAAAUCAAAGCGUGCAAGUUGCUUUAAGGUCAAAAGUAGCUGAACUGAAAGUGCUGCUGACUUAGAAUGUUUUUUAAAAUUGGCUAUUAUGAUCUUAAGUUUGAGUUCACCUUGAAUUCUCACUUUAGCGAAUAGCCGUGCAAGAAUCUCCCGGGUACCGCUUUAUCUUACGUCUGUCUGUGUAUGUGUGUGUGUGUGUGUGUGUGUAUAUAUAUAUAUAUAUAUAUAUAUAUAUAUAUAUACAAACACACACAUUUGGAAUAUAGGACACAGGCAGUUUUUUUAAUCCAAAUUUUGGGAUAAUCGUUUACAAUUUUACUAUGUAAUUAAGAUAUAUUUCUUAGUUUAUAUAAGAAAAUUCUGUUUUCAAAAUUAAACCCAUGUCAAACAUUUCUUUCUGCUUUGUUUUGUUCUGCAGACGUUGAAUCUCUCCAGACAUUGUUCCUCUGGUAUCGUCCCAAAUGAAAGGAUACGGAAUAUUGGUAUUUCUGCUCACAUCGACUCUGGCAAAACCACCCUUACAGAGCGUAUUCUUUACUACACUGGUAGAAUAGCCCAGAUGCAUGAGGUAUGGUGGGGACUAUGAGUUAGCUCAAAUGACAUAAAAUAGUUACACUGGUUGCAAAAACUGUGUAUAUAACAAUAACAGACAUGGUCCAUUAUGGACACUAUCGGUUUAUUGAACAGUUACACUCAUCCCGUGAAACUGCAGGUUGGGGAUUUACUACUUUUCUCUUAAAUUCAACACAUACUCAUGCAGCUUAUACCCUAUGAGUAUCAAGUUGUUUAAGAUGUAUUUUCUAAUCUGUUAGUGAUUCUCUAUAUUUUGGUUUAGGUAAAAGGUAAGGAUGGUGUUGGCGCUGUCAUGGAUUCAAUGGAGUUAGAGCGUCAGAGAGGCAUCACAAUCCAAUCUGCUGCCACUUUCACAAUGUGGAAAGACACUAACAUCAACAUCAUUGAUACACCAGGUACGGUAAAGUAUGGCAGGAUUUAAAUUCUUGGAUACACUCUGCAUUUAUUUUUUAUCUUGUAUUCUAGAGAAGGAAUCCACACUUUCCGUUAAGGAGAGAGGGACCCAUUCGUGGGAUGAUGCCGCUGUACAGAUGUGGUAUUUGCAAUGCAGUCUUCUAAUGUCAUCUUUAUUUUAACCAUCAGGUCAUGUAGACUUCACAAUUGAAGUGGAGAGAGCACUAAGGGUCCUUGAUGGGGCAGUUCUUGUCCUUUGUGCAGUUGGAGGUGUUCAGUGCCAGACAAUGACUGUGAACAGACAAAUGAAGAGAUAUGGUGUACCAUUCUUAACCUUCAUCAACAAGUUGGACCGAUCCGGCUCUAACCCUAACAAAGCAGUACAGCAGAUAAGGUUAGUUCUAUAUUUAAUCCAUUCUGUUCCUUUGUUGACAAUAGCAUCUAGUAUGUUGCCAGGAGAGGGAUGUCUUGUACAUAAAGAACAAAUCUUAUAUAUGAACAAUAGGUUAAUAUAAUGACCAUCAAUCAUCAUUGUUUUUCGAACAAACCAGUCUGCAUUGAGCAUGCCUGGCAGGUAUACACAGUUGGAAGAUCUCUUUAACUUGCAACAUCUGACAGGGGGAGAAGAACAGGGAGUCUGAUCAGUGAGAUUAAUGCAGUGCAGCCUCCGAUUUUGGGUUUCUAUCGCCUGCUGUUGCACAUUGAUGCCCUCUUUGUGUCAUUAAUGGACUGGUUUGAAACUCAGAUGGCUGGGUAAAGGUGAGGGUGCUGAAGAAUUUUCCCUAGUUGAGAGGCAUGCCCAACAAAUCUGUCUAAUUUUAUAGUAAGUUGAUCAAUGUUUUUUUACAUACUUUUCAAAGUCUUUCUUGCUCUAUUUUGGUUUGUAUAUUUAUUUAAAAGUAUUUUCUGAUUUACAGAUAUUAUUGUCAAGUGAUGCAUGUCCCUUUAACUUUAUUAUGCAACAUUUUACUAAACUAACCUGCUUUCUAAUGUCUAUGUAUGUUACAUUUUGUUUUUGUGCCAGAUCCAAGUUAAAUCAUAAUGCAGCCUUUGUCCAGAUUCCUAUUGGAAUAGAGAGUAAUUUUAAAGGAAUCAUUGACCUUGUGGAGGAGCGAGCUAUAUUCUUUGAUGGAGAAUACGGGUAAGAUUUCUUUACAAGUUUUGUCAAAGUUUCGGAUCCUGUCUGCAAUAUGCAUGCUCCAUCAUUCCAUGUCUCAUUGCAACUCCUGUACUUUCAGACAAUCUGUGAGAUAUGACGAUAUCCCAGCCGACUUUAGGGCAGAGGCAGCCGAUAGACGUCAAGAGCUGAUUGAAAGCGUAGCUAAUUCUGAUGACCAUCUAGGUGAGAUGUUUUUGGAAGAGAAAAUCCCUACUAAUUUGGAAAUCAAGGUGAGCAAAGCUUCGGAGGGUUUGAUCUGUUCACAUCUUUAGUAUUAUUAUAUUUUUGUCCCACAAUGCAAUAGUGAUUUUUUAUUUUUUUUUGUGUGUGUGUGUCCAGUUAUGGUACAAGGGCAUAAUCCAUAUAAAGAUCCACUGCUCUGAUCUGUAGUGAGACACGUGAGUUAGUCUUUCUUUGUUUGCAAUGCAGCAGUGAACCUUUAUAUUUCAUACCUUUUUGAGAUUUGAAUGUGUAGACACCUUUUGGCACUCCAGAUGUUGUGUACUACACCUCCCAUGAUCCUUUGCCUGCUUUACAGCCGUAAGAGCAUUAUGGGAGAUGUAGUCCAAAACAUUGGAAGCGCUAAAAGUUGCCUACCUAUAGUGAAUGACAACAGAAUUUAGUGAACAUUGUUGAUCUAAACAAUACAGGCAAACCAAAAUAAAAGUGGUCAAUAGAUGACUUGCUCCCAAGGGCAUUCACAUUUGAUGUAGUCUUUGGGCCUUAGAUUAAUUAAUAAUAGAAUUAAUUAAUAGAUGAGUUCAUUAAAAGACAUUUGGCCAGUGAUUGAUUAAUCACAAACAAUGCAAAGAGGGAGAUGUUUUCAUCACUAUGUGGUGGUAAUAAACCCUUCAGUGUUUUCCAGAAAUAGUCCUAAAAUCUGUCAAACUUUAGAUUUUUAUAGUUUUAUCUACAAAACAUUUGUUGUAGUGAUCUAUUCAUUAUGUAUGUUUUGUAUUUUACAGCUACAAAAAUGCAUUUUAGAAACACAAAUAUUGAUAUAUUUUGGUGCAUUAUGCAUUGGUUGUGUGGCUUUAUUGUUGUUCUUUAUGUAGCUUCUGUAGAGAUCAAUACCAUGUUGCUUGUCUCAUGUUUUCUUUGAAUCUCUUUCCCCAUUAACCAUUGUGAUAUAAUGUAGACUGUGUUUUCUACAGCAAGCUAUCCGGCGAGCUACACUGAAGAGAUUGUUUACACCUGUCUUAGUGGGAAGUGCAUUGAAGAAUAAGGGUGUACAGCCACUUCUAGAUGCUGUCCUAGACUAUCUGCCGAACCCAUCUGAAGUACAAAACUUUGCUAUUCUCAAUCAAGAGUAAGCAUCUGGAUUCAUUUAGCAUAAGGAUUCUCUCUCAUAUGUUGGUUACACUGUGAGUGCGAUGCAUAAACAUACAACUAGGGCAGUGAUAGCUAGCUUAGGCAACCUAGAUAUUGGUAAACUAUGCUUACCAUGAGACAUUGCCAGGCUGACACUGUUAUUGAGCUGCAAGAGAAAUAGAAUUAAUUCAGGAACAUCUGACCUGCUGAUAUUGGCCAUCAGAGAACUUAAAUGGACACUAUAGGCACCCAGACCACUUUAUCUCAAUUAAAUGGUCUGGGUGCCAUGUUUGUCCCUAUCCCGUUUUAACCAUGCAGGUGAAAACAUUGCCAAAGGCAAAAUGACAAUGGUUUUAUUGCAAGAUUUAAAUGCCAUUAGUGGCUGUCACUCAGACAGCUACUUUAGGCACUUCCACUGAAAUAGCAGAGCAAAACUCUAUUUCAAACAGAUGGUCUCAUCGAGACCAUCUGAUUGGUGCAUCACGGCCACCCAAUGCGCUCUAGCCUCCCAAUGCUUUCCUAUGGCUUAAUCUCUAUCAUUCCAGCCGAGGCAAAUAAGUAAAAUACCUUUUAUUUUUACUGCAUGCAGGUAGAGGCCAGGGGCCUAAAUAUUUACAUUCCUAGCACUAUAAGUGCAAAAUGUACAUUUGUGGUCCUGGUUAUCAAAGUGAGGUAAAUUACGAAGUCAUUUACUGACUUAGUGCUUAGUUUACAAUUUUUUUAUUUUGCUUGCGAAUCUAUACCAACGCAUAGAUAUCAGCUAUGCAGCUUAUCCAUCCCUUCCAGCUGUGCUGUACUACAACUCUUAUGUUUACUCUGCAUUGUGGGAGUUAUAGUUUAGGAAAUGAGCACUAAUAAUUUGCUGACAUUCUAUAAACUGAUAGUGUUAUGUGACAGGCUCCAUUAGAAGCAGUGAUUUAAUUUUAGAUAUGACCACCAGAUGGAGACCAAUCACCAUAUAUAUGUCACAUUCCUCUUUAAAAACAGCCUUGUUAAAGUGUCAUAACGUUAGAUGAACAGGCUCGUUUUAGGCAACUAAUAAAAUGUAAUUUGUUGUACCCCUGAAACUGUCAGCUCAAGUACAGAUAAAACGUAACUGUUUACUUGACUUUUUCCUCCAGGUGUCUCCUAUGCACAUGCUUCCAAAAUUAAUAGCUGUAAAUUUCACAUUAAACAUAAAAUCACAUCCAUACUGUUUGUAGCAAACUGUGUGUAGGAAAAUGUAUAGGUUCAGUGUUACACUCAUUAAAAUGUCAUGUUGUAUUUAUACAACCUAUGCACCUUUAGUUGAUUAUAAAAUGGUUCUUUACAAUUUACAUAAAAACUCAAAUGAAAGAGGAAUGUCUGGGUUUUAAGAAUAUUUGUAUGAUAUUUGCAAAAGGCAGUUAAAAUCAAAAGUGUGUAUUUAUUACUUCUGCAGCAAAGCUGAUCUGCCCCCUUUCUUGCCCAGCACUUGUUAAUGUGGGCAGCAUCCAAUCAAAUGCCAUAAUGAGCACAUUUAGGAGCUAUAAAAAUUAUAUGAAAAUUGGUAUUGGUAACCUACAAAAAAUAUUGAAUAAUUCAAUAUGGCAUCUUUUGCAAAUUAUUGAUAUACAUAUUGUUGCCAAGGGAAACUAAAGAGUAUCAAAGCCCUCUCUUUCUGCUACACUUCCCUCAUGCACCUAGAAGAUGAGGAACUACCCUCACAUAUGAGCCUCUGGGAGGGAUCUAAAUAUAAGAGUCCAACAAAACACUUGGCGGCUGGCAUUGGAAAGGGUCAAAAAAGCCACAUACAGUUUGGCCCGUAGAGAAGCGUUCUGUAAAUUAAAUAUGAGGUGGUACUUGGUACCUACGCGACUAGCACAUAUAUACCCAGGCACAACUUCCAUGUGCUGGAGAUGCCAAGGCCAAGAAGGCACGCUACUCCAUGUAUUCUGGACAUGCCCGAACAUUACUAAAUUUUGGGACACAGAACAGUUUCUCAUAACGGCAGUACAGGUUAGGGUACCGAAAACUCCAGCAUGCGAUCUAUUCCACAUGUUCCCUAAUUCAUCCAGGGAGGACGAACUACACAUACACUACACAUACUUACUCACUGUCUCCUAGCAGCAAAAACCGCAAUAGCACACAGGUGGAAACAACCAGAAAGCCCAACCAUAACAGAGGUUCUAACACGACUUGACAUAACAAGCAAAUAUGAGCAAAUGGCCAGCCGUCUCCGGAGCGAGGAACACAAAUACGCUUGGCGCUGGCAAAAAGGGGUUCAGAUUAGAGACCAAUUCAAAUGAUAGUACACGAUCUAUUUAUCUACCCAACAGGGACCAUAAAGGACCUAUACCAUAGCGAAGCGUUCUGCCAAAAAAAAGGCAUCUACCUCCCCAUGCCUUCCCCAACCCCCAAACCACCACCAACCCUCUAGAGCUUAUGAGAGCUACAAAGGCAGGUAGGGAAACAAGGAGGACAGAUGAUUCCAAGGUGCAAUGGUUGGAGCAGUAGGCCUCAUCGAUUAAACACGAAAAGGUGACCGACCCAGACACAACAUAGGAUUUUACUUGCAUAGCAUUGGAAAUCUGACAACCGAUCACUCAAUUGGCCAAUGAGGAAUACCUUGUUGUAACAGGCUACUACAUGCUAAUAUAAAUCAUCAUUUGUUGUUGUUCAACAAUCCUAGUGCACCUCAUAGCAUAUGUCUAACUCACAAUAUACACCCAACCCAUGUUUUAUAUCCAAUGCACAAUUGUACUGAAUGUAUGACCUGCAAUGUCAAAAUGCCUGAUAUAGCUCUACGAAAUGUGUUUAUCCCCCUCCCCUUUUUAUUUUCUGUACGCCCUUUACUUUGACUUAUAUGAAACUAUUAAUAAAAAUUAAGAUAUUGAAAAAAAAAUAUAUACAUAUUGUACUGGAAGAAGCCCCAAAAAUGUGCUUCUCAGAGUUAGAAUUCUUAUUUCUUCACACAGGAGCUUGCUUUGCACUAUCAGGCAAUUAACAGAGCAGUGAUAUGAGCUUCCAAUAGAAACAGCUCCCACUAAAGGGAGAAUUGUGGAGAAUCCAAAAAGAAUUUCAAAGAUUAGACGAACUCCUCCUCAUUGUUAAUAUUGAUAUCAUCUCCCCUGAUAGUCCGACAUUAUCGGUGCCCACGACUUAGCAAAACCCCCGACUCCACCUCAACUCACCCAUAGGUGCGGUCCGUCUAACUGGCUUCUGGUAAAUUGAUUGGUGUAUUGUAACAGUACCUCUCAUCUCGUGUAGUAAUUGUAAUACGAUGUAUGUUAAACCAUGUACAUUACACUGUUGUUUUUUUGUUGACUGAGCGGUACCUUCCCCCCCUCUUCCUUUCUGUAUCCCUCAUACCCUCAGUUUUGCCUGUACUUGUUUCCUAUAAAUACCAAUAAAAAGGAGACAUUGAAAAAAAAAGAUUAGACGAACAAACAAAAAAUCAAACACAAAGCAUAUUCACUUAUAAUUCUCUGCAAAGCCCACUUUCAUGAAUAACCCUUUAUGUGUUUUGGCACUGAACUGCAUGUAUGAUGGAGAGCAAAAAACCAUGGGUUUCAUUGAAAGGUCACUCUAAUAUAUGGAAUGUUUAUAUUUUCCAUGCACCUGCUCUAUAUAGCUUUAUUUUCUUGUUUUAGGAACACAGAAGAGAAAUCUAAGAUCUUAAUGAGUUCUCUCCGAGAUGACACUCAGCCUUUCGUUGGCCUGGCUUUUAAACUGGAGGUAAGUUUUAGGUAUCUGUCUUUUUGCCUAUGGCACUAAAUAUCUGCAGUGGUUCUUGCAGGUUUAAUGGGGAGUUAAAGGGAAGGUGAGCUCAGUGCCUACGUGGCUUUGUUUUUAAUCCAUUACAUCGAAAGAAAUAUUGCAAAACCAUGUCCACUAAUUCAUAUACGUAGUUAAAUGUGUCGUAAAGCUAGUAGGAAAGCACUGUGGUACUUUUUCUGGUUUCAGUGGACAUAACUAGAAAAAAAUCCAAAAAUCUGUCACGAGGUUUAGUCAAAGGUCGACUUCUAUGCAUAAUUUUAAUGAACUUGUCUAUAAUGCAUUAUAGAGAUUGGUGUUAAGACUACAAUCUCUUUUCACAAAUAUUUAUUUUUAAUAUUACUCCUAAGCCACUUUUAUUCUUUGAAAAGUAGAGGUUUUGUAAAGUCUACAGUUGUGCACAACCAGAAUGUGCUGAAACCUUUAUUUGCAAAGCUGAAGAUCUCCAUUCUAUACCAGGGUUAGAAGUAGAAAAUUUUAAUUAUAUUCUGGUGAACUCAAAAUGCUACCUUACCAGUGUUUGCUGAAUUUACCUUGUGGUGUAUUGCAGGCUGGUCGUUUUGGUCAACUCACCUAUGUCAGAGUGUACCAGGGAAUGCUGAAAAAAGGUGAAUACAUAUUCAAUACAAGGACAGGCAAGAAAGUGAGGGUACAGCGACUGGUGCGUCUACAUGCAGAUUUGAUGGAGGUACAGCAUUCUUGAUUUAAUCUCACAUUUAAAUGCAAAUUUGGUAAUGGAAACAAACAUUCUCCAAGCAACUACUUUGAUUUUCAAGAUAUCACAGUUUGAGCUGCAAUUGUAGAUACAACCUUAUUAGACUAUUCUACAAGGAAAACAAAAAGAAUUAACCUAGGGCCAAAAUUUAGAUAUCACAAGGUAGAGGGCACAAAAAAAAGGGGGGUAACCCCUAAAUGGUGAAUAUCAUAGAGAAUAAAGAAAAAAAGAAAAAAAUGCCAUUCUACCUGUGUAUGAUUUACUGAGAAGAUUGUAGGUUAAAAAGUAACUUUUAAUAAAUAAAUCUAAAAUAAAAAUAUAUAAUAUGAACAGCAGGAGUAAAUGGAGACUAUACAGCGAGUAAAACUCUGGGACUACUUAUACAAGCUGUAAAAGUGUAUACAUAAUAACACUAAUGCUGAAACAAUACUGUUUAGCUACAAUAUAACAGUGUAUUCCCAAGUAAUAGAAGUGAUACUAUAUUAUAUAUCACUAAUAGCUGUAACAAGAGGGGGGGAGAUAAGACAACUGCUAAACCAGUGCUGUCAAUAGUUAAAAGAUAUGGAUAAGUAAAUCCCUACAUGAUAGUACAACUAACGACAUGGGUUAACUCCACAUACAAUAAUUGAUAAUGUUCUAUGGUGCUUAACCUAGGAAAGAUCAAAGAUAAUGGUUCAGCUAAGACAUAAUUCUGACAGACGGCGAUUAGCCAGUUAAAUAUCACAAAAGCUGCCUAGAUCAUAGCAGCAUUUUAGGAUAAUAAAUUAAAGGUUGCUGUCAAGCAGUAAAGUAUAAAAUAAGGGGUUGCUGACAUGGCUCUGUUUUUUCUGCAAGAUAACUAGCAGUAUAUUCUAGUGUAACAACAGCUGCCUGCACUGAAUUAUGUUAACUUAUGCUUGACCACAGUGGAGCACCAAGUAGUAGCUCACCUGUUAAGGACUGCUGACAGGCAGCAGUUAACCGGUUAAAAAUCACACAAGUUGCCUAAAUGCUAGCUGCAUCUAAAUAAUAGGUCAAAGUAUAAAGAAAAGUUUACAAACAGUUUUUAAACAGGUUGCCUAGGUAGUAGAAAAUAUACCGGUUAAAAGUCACGCAAGUUGCCUAAGUGCUAGCUGCAUCUAAAUAAUAGGUCAAAGUAUAAAAAGAGAGUUUACAAACAGUUUUUUGAACAGAUAAAGAACAGUGAUACCUUUAAGGCAGUGUGUUCAGGAGCUAAUUCUAUUAAAAAUGGCUUAUUCGGUAAGAUUAAAUGUGAUAGUUGUAUAAAAAUCUGGAACAAUCGAUAAUUCAAAUAAGAUGUAUGGUGUGUAUACCUUUAAAUCUGCUAAAGGCAGAUUCUGUGUGUUACACACCAACUGAUCUGCUUAUUAAAAAGCCACUAUUUAUUACAGAAUAACAUAAAAAUAGUAAUCUGUUUAAUGUAGUUAUACACACAGUUAUAUAAAAAAUAGUAGUGUGUUAGGCUUAAAAUUGUCUAAUAGCAGACUAAGUAGUGCAAAAGCAGUGCUUCACUUACAGUAGAGAGAUACACAAAAUACUGAAUCUCUAUAUAUUGUAAUAAGAUCGCUUGAAAUGUGAAUUGAUGAACAGUUUUUUGAACAGGUUGCCUAGGUAGUAGAAAAUAUACAGACAGUGACAGAGGAAGGCAUAUAGAAUAAAGGCAUAUAGAAUAAAGAGUCCUGAGUCUUGUGCCUUCGAGGGCACCCCUUACUAAAAUGCCUGGUCUUAUCAAUCUCCCCCCAUAAACAUAAUAAAGGAAAAAGAAAGAGAAAUAAAGUAUGUACAGAGUACACAAAAUUAGUGUUAAGAGUCUCCAAUAUGCACUCCUGAGAUGCUGGACAUGAAUGAACUUGAUGUCGGUAAUUUAGCAAUAGAUAAGCAGAGAGUUAGGUGCCGACACCAAUAAUGUUUCAGUAAGUGUCCAGAGCCCCUAUUAGACUGUCCAAACCAGCAGUUACCUAGCUAGGAUCUGUCCUAAAUUGGAGCAUUCUGCAUCAUAACAAAUUCAAGUGUGGCAACAAAACAUUAGAGGACCCAGUUCUAAAUUGAUUAAAAUUAUGUGAUGAAACAGACGAACAAGGCACCCCUACUAAAAGACGAGGUAGCUUCUGAAGAGGUCGCUUAGCCUUCAAUACCAUACAACCAAAGCAAGAAAUUAGCGGGAUUGCUUCUAAAAGUGUAGACAUGUCAUUAUAUUAGAAGUUCUUACAUCAAUACAUGCGCAUCAUUUUUGCUAUUACAAUGUUUUCCAUAUGUUCUUGGAAGUAGAUCUAGUGCUUAAUUAGACACACAGGAAUGCUGGACCCUGUUACACUAAUUAAAAUUGGUGGCAGAUCCAACAGUCCGAGAGGUAGUUUGCUAAUGCCAAGGAUAGCAUUCUAACCACUCAAAUGAGGUGGGCACACACAUUCUACGAGCACCAUAAUAUUUAGUGCUUGUCUAACAUAGACUGCUACUUUAAGCUUCAGUAUAAUGUGUUGCUCUCCAUAGGUAACAUAUGAGUAGCAAGUCUCUUAAAAUAGUUUUGUUUAGCUUUUUUGGCACUAUAGAAUGGAUUCUUUGUUCAAUUAUUCUGAUGGCUUGUCAGUGGUUCCUUUGUUUCCUGCUGCUUUUGUUGCAGCACAUAUCUUCCGUAGUAGAAAGAGAAAUCUGAAUAUGUAUAUUGCAAAAAGUUAAUUGAAACAUAUUUAAUUAUUUGAGUCUUUCCAAAAGGUUGUUUAACAGUGCAUGAAUAUAGAUUAGUUUUACAUAAUCAGGCCACGGAUUUGUAUUGACUUGAAAUUGAUUGUCCAUUACAGUACUUAGUUUUUUCUUUUCAAUUUGUGUUUUCUUAACUAUUCAUAGGAUGUGGAUGAAGUUUACGCAGGUGACAUCUGUGCAUUGUUUGGAAUUGACUGUGCUAGUGGAGACACCUUUGCAAGCAAGUCCAAUGACAACAUUUCCAUGGUGAGAAAGUGGCUAAUACAUACAAAAACUGUACGGAAAAGGAGAGCAUGUCAAUACAAUCACACUUUAGUGAAAAGGGAAUUGUACAUUUUAUUUAUUUAUCUGUGGGAAAGCAAGUGCAAUUGUGAACUCCCUGAGACCCUCAUUAUUCCAUUUAAUACAGUUAUACAUGUGUGUUUUUCAAACUUCUAAAUGCAUAAAUUGUAACGAUUUUAUAGUUUUUAAAUGUGACUUUUCCCCACAAAUCCAUCAAUCCUUCACAUAGACCUCUGUAUGCUAGUGGCAUCAAUACAUGCAAUGUCUAAACUGUGUAUUGAAUGACAGAGAGAUCAGGAAACCAUACUACAGACUGUUAUCAUGCUCCUUGCUACCCAUCCAGGGGGAGUAUAGGACACUCUAAUUUGUUGGCAGUGAAGUCAACAUCACUUUGAGGAUUUUUGUGAUUGGGGAAGUAUCCCCAAAAAGGGUCAGUUGUAACAGAGAAUGGCAGGAAUUAGAUGAUAGAAGGACAUUUUAGUGCAAAUAUAGCAUGCAUCUUUUUGAUAAAUAAUUUAUAUACAGCCUUAGGAGAUAUUACAAUUGAAUCCAGUGUGACAGGAUCAUUUUAAAGAGGACAAACAAGUGAAGUUAGUACAUUUUUUGCACUAAUCUCCCAGUGCAUUUCAUAAUUAAACAUUACAUUUAUUUUGGUAUUUUAGAAAAAAACAUGUUUUAGGAAGAAUGCAUAACACAGUUGAUUGUUGGUAUAGUGAAAAUGCUAGGCAGGAGAAACAGCUGGAUCACUGCUCCUUGUAUGAUCAGCAACCUGAACAUGCUGUUGUUUGUGUUCUAGCUGUUAUAAUUUUUAAAGGAACAUUAUAGCAUUAGGAAUACAAACCUGUUUGUACACCUUUUAGGUGAGUAUUACCUACUUUAGAGCCUGCGCUGGACUCGAAAACUGCACUCCACCUCUUUGGCUGAGAUCAUCAGUGUCGAUGAUCUCAGCCAAUCCAGUGUUUCCCCAUAGAGAGGCUAUUGCAUAUGCCUCUCUAUGGGGGGUGAAAUCUUCAGGGCGUGGGAUGAGGGCGGAAGGUAGAAGGGCACUCUAGCAUUCUACAGUGCCAGGAAAACUGGUUUGUUUUCCUGGCACUAGAGAAACCCUUUAAAUUGUCUCUAUCAGAAAGACCGCCACUAGAGGUAUGCUAAUUCUCCAAUGUAAAAAAUGUUUCAGUUGCAGGUUUAAACAGACACUGACAUGACAUGCAGAUGAAGUGGUUUGGCAGCCUAUAAUCUCUCUUUAAUUGCAUUACUACAAACAAUAGUGUCAGAAUGCUUGUUGUCUCCCUGAAUAGAAUAUAAAUGAAACAAUUAAGAUUCUCUGUUACAUAAUGACAUUUGCUCAUGUUAUCGUGCGGAGUAGUAACAGUUUUGCCAAAGCCUACAUUCAGCUGAACAUCUUGGUUUAACUGCAUUGAUUACAGUGUUUGAUAAUUAAAUGGUAUAAACCUGAAGGCUGUGCAAAAUACUCCAAGUAGUAGAUACCUGGAAGAGCAUUUUUCAUUGGAAGUUGUAAAGGUUAACCAAAAUGCUUGGGACAUACAAAAAGCAUGUUGAAGAACAAAUCCAAUAAAGUCUGCAAAUGUAAAACUAACAGUGUUAUUUUCUAAAGUGAGAAUUCAAGGAUAAUUUUGACAGGGAAACCAAACUGAAAGCACAUCUGACUUAGAGAAAGUUUCUAAUUUGGCUAUUUUAUCCUUAAAUAUGAAAUUCACGUUGAAUUAUCACUGUGGUGAAUAACUGUACUUUUUUUAAAAUUUUUUUAUUCCAGGAAUCCAUUCAUGUUCCUGAUCCAGUCAUUUCAGUAGCUAUGAAACCAUCCAACAAGGCAAGUAAUAUCCAUGUUCUCGCAAUUGGUUUGCCUAACAUUUGGAAUUCUGGUGCACCUAACAAUUGAACCUAAUGAUUUGCCUGAAAAGCAUUGUAUCCCCCUCACCUCAUCUUUACUACUUUUAGAAUGACAUGGACAAAUUCUCAAAAGGCAUCAGCCGGUUCACAAGAGAGGACCCAACAUUCAGAGUGCAUUAUGAGGUGGAAAGUAAAGAAACCAUAGUUUCUGGGAUGGGAGAGUUACAUCUGGAGAUCUAUGCUCAGGUAAGGAAUGGAAGAAGUGAAAAACUUGUAAACUCUUUAUGAUUGAAUUAAGACAAGAGAAAUACCUUAUGAUUGUAUUGUUGGGGUCGGUCGAGGCUUGUCCACAGGGGCACUUGGGACAGCGCCACACCAGUUUUUAUAUGGAGAAAAAAAAGUCUUAGCAGUAAUUUGGUAACACUAAGAUUCUCUUUUUUUCUUCUGGAGGGGAGUAAGGAAUCUGCAUAGAAAUGCUAUGGAAUUGCGUGUACACACAUGCAACAAAGGAGGAGAUAUCAGGCUUUAUUUUAGCCGGCCCAGCAUUGUGAUUGUAUUUUUUUUGUAAGAGAAUAAAAGCACAACAAAUAGUAUUUUGUGCUAAAAUCUCUGUAGUGAAAAAUCUGAUUUAAGUGUGUCAUAUCACAUGUGGUUAAUCGUACAUGAUUAUGGGACAUAUUCAGAUGGCAGCUGAUCACUUUCAUUUUUUUAUUCAUAUAUUUGACUCUGUACUUUGCACAUACAGUGUACCUUGAAUUAUGAGGUUUUCUUUUAAAUGAUGUAUAAAUAUAGAAGAUAGGCCUAUGCUUUGAUUUUGUACAUCGGGAGUCCAAAGUCCAUUUCUUGAAACAAUAUUAGAAAUCAUCAGUUUGUGAAUGGUGCGGUAAUUUGAGACCUAAAUAAACACUGAUGGCAGUGUCUUAUUUCAGUGAUAUUUAUUUAAACAGUAUCCAGUUUAAUUAAUUUUUUUAACUUUCUUUCAGAGGAUGGAGAGGGAAUACGGAUGUCCCUGUGUCAUGGGAAAACCUAAAGUUGCGUUUAGAGAGACAAUCGCCAAACCAGUACAGUAAGUAACUAUUCAUUCUGGAAUGCUUGCUGUUCUUUUUCAUUGACUCCAUUCUGAAACAUGUCACUGGUUUGAUUUUGGCAGGAUAACUUCUUUUUCUAUUUUUAAUCCUUGCGUGGGGUCCCAUAAAAUAUUUAUUUCCCAGGUAAUAAUUUCCUGUAAUAUGGAGAAAAUG